CUGCGCAUCUUUUUCUCUCAAAGUUUUGCAAAACCAAUUUGCACGUAAACUUCCCUACAAAUUUUGUGACGAAUUGCUUUGAUAUAAUAGCUAUCAAAACAAAGCUCUUUUGUGAGAGUAAGAAAGAGAUGCUAUGUAAAACAGUCACCAAGACCUGUCACAGAACCGAACUGUACCGUUUCCAAGACAUUUGCUUGCGGGUUGUUUCACUAUGCAACUCCAAGUCUUUGAAAGAGGGUGUGUGUGUUCACAGCCCAAUAAUCAAAAUGGGUCUUCAAGAUGACAUGUAUUUGAACAACAACUUGUUGUCUCUCUAUGCAAAAUGCUUUGGAGUGGACCAUGCACACCACUUCUUUGAUGAAAUGCCUUGCAAGGAUGUUGUGUCUUGGACUGGGAUUCUGUCUUCUUAUGUUAUAAACGAAAACCAUGAGCAGGCACUUAGGUUGUUUGAUUCAAUGUUGAAUUCCAGUCAAUACCCAAAUGAGUUCACAUUGUCUAGUGUCUUAAGGUCAUGUUCUGCUUUGGGAGAGUUUGACUAUGGAACUCUUAUUCAGGCUUAUAUGAUAAAAAAUGGGUUCCAUUCGAAUCCCAUUUUGGCAAGUGCUUUGAUUGACUUGUACUCCAAGUGCAAUUGUACUAAAGAAGCAUACAAAGUUUUUGAGUGUGUGGAUGGUGGUGAUACUGUUUCUUGGACAACGAUGAUCUCUUCAUUGGUCCAAGCACAGAAAUGGAGUCAGGCUUUACAGCUUUAUAUCCGGAUGAUUGAGAAAAAGGUGCCUCCGAAUGAGUUCACUUUCGUGAAGCUUCUUGCUGCAUCCGGUUCUCUUGGUUCAAGUUAUGGAAAAUUAGUUCAUGCCCAUAUGAUAUUGCUAGGAAUUGAGCUGAAUGUGAUUUUGAAGACAGCUCUUGUUGAUAUGUACUCAAAGUGCCAUAGAAUGGAAGAUGCUGUCAAGGUCUCAAAUCAGACACCUGAACGUGAUGUGUUCUUAUGGACUGCUAUUAUAUCUGGUUUCAUUCAAAACAUGAAGGUCAAGGAGGCCAUUGCUGCAUUAAGUGAGAUGGUGAUGUCUGGUAUUGUACCAAACAAUUUUUCGUAUUCAACUAUACUAAAUGCUUCUUCGUCAAUUUUAUCACUGGAAUUAGGGGAACAGGUCCACUCGAGGGUGAUUAAGGCUGGGUUAGAGGAUGAUAUUUCUGUUGGAAAUGCACUAAUUGAUAUGUAUAUGAAAUGUUCCAACCUCAUAGACAAUGCUUUGAGAGUGUUUAGAGGAGUGACCUCACCAAAUGUCAUCACUUGGACUUCUCUGAUUGCUGGUUUUGCCAAACAUGGUUUUGAAGAAGAUUCUUUUCGGUCUUUUGAGGAGAUGCGAGCGCUGGGAUUGGCUCCAAAUUCAUUUACUCUCUCCAGCAUCCUUGGUGCUUGCAGCACAAUGAAAUCUCAUAGUCAAACAAUGAAGCUCCAUGGAUACAUAAUUAAAAUUAAAGCAGACUGUGAUAUAGUUGUGGGGAAUGCUCUCGUGGAUGCUUAUGCUGGAUUAGGGAUGGUGGAUGAAGCUAGAUGCGUGAUUAGAAAAAUGGAUCACAGAGAUGCCAUCACAUACACGAGUUUGGCCACAAGAAUAAAUCAGAUGGGUUAUCAUGACAGGGCGUUAGAAAUCAUCAAGUACAUGAACAAGGAUGAUGUCAAGAUGGAUGGAUUUAGCAUGUCCAGCUUCUUAUCUGCAGCAGCUGGCUUGGGCUCAAUGAAAGCUGGGAUGCAAUUACACUGUUUUUCAGUGAAGUCUGGCUUACGCUGCUGGCUUUCAGUCUCAAAUGGGGUAGUUGACUUGUAUGGAAAAUGUGGCUGCAUACAUGAUGCGCAUAGAGCUUUUGGGGAAAUAACUGAGCCAGAUGUUGCAUCAUGGAAUGGAUGGAUAUCUGGAUUGGCAUCAAAUGGUUAUAUCUCCUCUGCUCUCUCUGCCUUUGAAGAUAUGAGGUUAGUGGGAGUCAAACCUGAUUUGGUUACAUUCUUGUUAGUGCUUUUUGCUUGCAGUCAUGGUGGUUUAGUGGACUUGGGUCUUGAGUAUUUUCAUUCUAUGAGAGAAACACAUGGCAUAGCACCACAACUAGAUCACUAUGUUUGUUUAAUUGAUCUCCUCGGUCGAGCUGGCCAGCUAGAGGAGGCAAUGGGAGUGAUUAAGACUAUGCCUUUCAGGCCAGAUGCUUUGAUAUAUAAAACAUUAUUGAGUGCCUCCAAAUUACAUGGGAAUGUACCUCUUGGGGAAGAUAUGGCAAGACAAGGUAUCGAUCUUGACCCAUCUGAUCCAGCUUUCUACAUACUCCUUGCAAACUUAUAUGAUAGAUCAGGCCGGUCAGACUUGAGUGAGAAAGCUCGUGGGCUGAUGAGAGAAAGAGGUUUGACGAAAAAUCCUUGUCAAAGUUGGAUGGAGAUAAGAAACCAGAUUCAUCAUUUCACUGCAGAAGAUAGAUCACAUCCACAGAUAAAUCAGAUUCAUGAGAAAAUAGAAUCACUUAUGACUGAGUUUAAGUAUCGGGGAUAUUUAUAUCGAGACAAUAGAGAUAAAUCUUAUCAUAGUGAGAAGCUAGCUGUUGCGUUUGGUCUUCUUAGUACACCAUCAAAGGCUCCAAUACUUAUAAUCAAGGACAUGCGUAUUUGCAUGGAUUGCCAUUAUUUUGUAAUGCUCGUAACUGAAUUGGUUGAUAGGGAAAUAAUUUUAAGGGAAGGGAACCGAGUCCAUUCCUUUAAGAAGGGUAACUGUUCAUGCAGAGGCUACUAAUAGUUAUGAUUAGAGGAAGAAAAGUUUCACAACUCUCUUUUGUAUGUUGUGAUCAUGAAUUUCUUUGAGGUUAAGAUUAAGGUUCUGCAGGGAAAGAUGCCACAGUUUUACUUGCUUUUGCCAGUAGGACUACUUGGUGACGAGCUUGUCAUUCAUUCCUGACAUUUUACCCCUGCUUAUGACAUUCUGCUGAGGACGCUUGAGCCUGAUUAUCACAUUUUGUUGAAAGUGGUUAGCGUUUCAGUUGGUGAAAGAAAUGGAUAUGAAGAGACCAAAAGACUUGAAACACAUUAAACAGAUGGACCUGUUGCAUUUUAUAUCACAGCCAUCACAGAGAACCCAAUUUAUUAGCUAUUGGCAGUAGUGAAUUUUUGGAAAGAUUAGUAGGAAGCUGAACUUAAUGAGAUUACUCAUGGUGCACUUUGCAAAAGCCAACAGGACAUAACGCCAUGGCCGUUUUCAAACUAACUUGUGAUUGGAAUGCACUUCUGUGAGGAUUGAUCAAUGUACUCACCCAACCAAAAAAGGGUCAUUGUAUCCAGAGGCUACUGCCAAUUCAGACUUGUCACACAGCAGUGCCCACCAAAGUCUUGAAAUCUAUUCCGUACCGACUGAAUGGCUUAAAUCGGUGCGUAAACCAGUACAGCCAAUCUUUUUUUUUUCCAUCUUCGUCAAAUUUUCUAAGUGUGGUAUUUCUUUUGCAUCCUUUUUGAUGUUACAAACCUUUUAUGAAUUUAUA